AUGGCUGUAGAUCCUCGCGUUCUCAGGGGCGCCGCGAGAACGAUUGUCCCGCCAAGUCACCACCACCAUCGCUACCACGCCUCAUCGCUACCGUACACCACCCGCCGCAACGUCCUUGGACCUGUGCACCCCGGCGACGCUGUGAACGACAUGCGCGCAGCCCUCCUUCACCACACCCCCGCCUGA